UGCUUAAGAUCCACGAUCACAAAUGUCACAAAAGGCAAAAGAGAAAGCUCAACAAAGUGCAGGGCCAAGUCAAGUUGGACCGGGUCACUUAGAUGAGAAGGAAAUAGCAGAUUUGAUCGGAAAAGGAAAAGAAAGGUUGAUUAAAGAUGGGUUUCAUGGAGCAAGCAUAUGGCCACAAAUCAUUGCAUGGGGAGACCACGAUCAAUUUCAACAUGUGAACAAUGUUCAUUUUUCCAAAUUCAUCGAAUCGAAUCGAAUGCUUUUCUUCAGCUUAGUCUCAAAACAAAUGGGAGAAGAGCGACAUGAUGAUAUUGUGAAAGGAAAAGGUGUAGGAAUCAUUUUGUCAUCACUUGCGAUACGAUUUAGAAGGCCGGUCCUUUAUCCGGAUACAAUCCUAGUAGGAAGGAAACCAAUCUUACCUCUAGAGGGAGGUAGAUUUACCAUUCAAACAACUUUGUUCUCUAUCGCUCAACAAGCCGAAGUAGCAAGUGCAGAAGAGAUUGGCGUUUGUUAUGAUUAUAAAGCAUUGAAAAAAGUCGAUCUACCUAAUGAUUUCAAGCAAGCACUCGAAGAUGCAGCAAAGAAUCCCGGUGGACCGGUCAAAAGUCGGCUAUGACAGUACUUUGGGAAUAGCUGUGAUUGCACUGUCGAAUAGAGCUCUAUUAUUAUCGUCUUACAGUUGCCUGGUAACUCUCCUUCAUUGUUGUGUCUCGUUAUAGCACUUGCAAGUGAGGAUUUUUCUAGAGUCGUUAUUUCUACAGUCAUUGUAUUGCUACUCAUUGUAUUGAGAGACGGUCUUCUAGAACUAUCUGUAUAAAAUACAUCAUCUUCACCAAAACAUCUAGGCGAAA